AAGUAGUGGCUAAAUCAUGUUUGUUCUGAGGAAGCAAGAGUCUUUAAUUGCUUUAAAAGGAUUUUGGUGUCUAACAGACACUGUAAUGCAAAAUGUAUUGAAACAUUCAAUCAACUUCUUCAGUGACAGUUGUUACUAUAAACAUCAGUACAGUACAGAUUUGGAAGCUGGUGUAAAUAAACAAAUUCAGGCGGAGCAGCAAGCAGCUCAUGAGUACUUGAACUUGGCGGUAACAUUUCUACACCCACGUAUCUCUAGAGUUGGAGCCGGGGGUUUCUUCAUGAGAAUGUACCAUGAAGAGAUCCAGCAUAUGGAGGAUUUGAUCCAGUAUCAACUUUAUAGGGGAGGCAUUCCCUCGAUUAAGGCAUUGAAUGCACCUGCACCGAAAGACAAAAUUACACUACUUGAAGCUUUCAAACAUGCGUUAAAUAUGGAACAUUGUAUCACAGAGCUAAUAAAAACACUGGUUUCAACAGCAGAAAAGGAUAAGGACUAUCAUUGUGUUAAUUUCCUUACAACAGUUUUCCUAAAGGAACAAAUGAAUUCUAUCCAUAACUUAUCCCAGCAUGUCACUCACAUUGCCAGAAUCAGUGAAGAUCCUGAUGCUUUACACCAGUACGAUAAAUAUCUUCAAACAAGUUAUCCAUACAAAUCUAAGUCUCCACACAAGUAAUGUUAUAAUAAUAAUAAAUGAAAA